AUGUAUACUCUGAUCACACUUGCGGAUGUGGUCCAGAUACAUCCGAACGACUUUCACAAGCCUAGCAUCCGCUCGAUUGAGGAUUUCAUCAACACCAAAUAUGCAGACAAAGUCAUUCACAGAGUUGGUUUGUGCAUCGGCUUUCAUUCUCUCAUCUCUGCCUCGGAAGGACUCAUUGGCCACGGAACUGGAAUUGUCAACGUGAACGUUGAUUUCCGACUCGUUGUGUUCCGCCCCUUCAAAGGCGAGAUUAUGCGAGCCACAAUCACGCAGUCCAGCCAGCAGGGCAUCUACCUGUCAGUGGACUUCUUUGAGGACCUACUUGUCCCACCAGAGACGUUGUUCGAAGGCUCUACGUGGGAAAAGGACGACAGUGGCACCAUGACUUUUGUUUGGCGCACUGAGGCUGGCGGAGGGGCGCAUAACGAGUUCUUUUUCGACAAUGCAGAAAGUUGUAUGGUCCGAAUUGAGGAGGAGCAGUGGCACGAUGUCUCUCCAGAUGCUCUCAGAAGCCAGAGCUAUGUGACGCAGGAAGAAGAAGAGAAUGCAAGUCGCAUGCCUCCUUACCUGGUCAGAGGCAGCAUGAUGCACACUGGACUUGGCCCAACGCUAUGGUGGAUUGGGGAGCCUGGCCUCGAGGAUGAAGCUACAGACGGAGUGAUGAAUGGCACCUGAGCCGUCCAAGUAUAGGUUCCGUCCCGACCGCGGACUAUGUGCAAUUCUCAUUAGCUAAUAGCCCGAUCACCCAAAGAUUUGGACGGGGUCGCCGCUUGGUCGUCAGAUAUGGCGGCUUCAAAUGCGCUAUACACAAAUGUGGCCCACAAGCCAACGAAUAUGAAUCAAGAAGACCCAUCCGUUUGAGAACGAGCUUCGCGGGCGUGUGUUGUAACGGAGCUAAGUCAUUGGACGCCUAGGGCUAAUCACCCUCUAUUGAGACGCUGAGGAGGACGCGGUCCUGUCAACGUGCAGGAAGCGUCGCAGGCCGGAUGGCUCCCCAUUGUGUACGUGUAAUCGCAAAUGCUUGGUUCUGUGAUUCCUCACGGGAGCACACUCCGAUACAAUUUAGCUAGAAAAUAC